UCUCCGGACCGGACCAGAAACUUCAAGAAGACAACCUACUCCCAACUCCGGUCGUGACCGUCCAAAACUCAGUCCUUCUCAUAGAAGAUUUGACCUGGUACCCUUCUUUUUUCUCCCUCGAAACUUCGUCGGAGGAUGAAGUCGGUACCACAAGAAGAAAAGAAUCAGAAAAAGAAUAGAAUAGAGAAGAGAAGGUAAGCAAAGAAGCGGCAGCGAGAGCGAGAAAUGGAGGACUUCUGGUGGAAGGUAUACCGGGGGGACGCGGGGGUGCCGCACGCCGACCCGGAUCGGUUCGUGAAUACAUGGACGGCCACCUUCGCCUUCUCCGCCGUAGCCUGCUUCAACUCCUUCACGCGGCAGCAACUCUUCCACCACUUCAGUUGGGAUGACAAGGCCCUGAUGUUUGAUCACCACCAUCGAAAGAAAGCUAUGGAGAAGCAGCAGCAAAUCAAUUUGAGUGGAAAGAAUAAAUAAGCAAGCCAUCAUGGGAAUAUGCUUCUGCAGUUGGACUGUUUACAUUCCCUAGCUGAAGUGGUGCUAAUAUGCAGCUUUGAGUUUCAUUCGAGUCUGGAAUAAGUAGCUCUAAAUGUACAUGGUUUGGGUCUGCUAGAUAGGUUUUCAGGCAUGGAACUUUGUUGAUAAACUAGCUGUAUACCAUACAAUUUUUUUAAAUACAAUCAUAGUUACUUAUUUUCUUGUCGUUUCA